CUGAGCAGCAGCAGGAGCGGAGAACCACUCUGGACCAGGAGGACCCAGAGCCCCCACAUAUUAAAGAGGAACAGGAGGAAGUCAGGACCAGUCAGGAGGGAGAGCAGCUUCAAGGGUUCACAUUCACUCCUGUCCCUGUGAAGAGUGAAGAUGAUGAUGAUGAAGAGAAACCUCAGUCCUCACAGCUUCCUCAAAGACAAACUGAACAGAUGGAAACAGAUGAUGGAGAGGACUGUGGAGGACCAGAACCAGCCAGAAACUCAGAUCCAGAUGAACAUUCACAACCUGAUACGGAUGACGUCCAGCAGCUAUCGGUGUGUAAAGAAGAGGUUCCCCCUGAGCAGCAGCAGGAGUGGAGACCCAGUCUGGACCAGGAGGACCCAGAGCCCCCACACAUUAAAGAGGAACAGGAGGAAGUCAAGACCAGUCAGGAGGAAGUCAGGACCAGUCAGGAGGAAGUCAGGACCAGUCAGAAGGAAGUCAGGACCAGUCAGGAGGGAGAGCAACUUCAAGAGUUUACAUUCACUUCUGUCCCUGUGAAGAGUGAAGAUGAUGAUGAUGAAGAGAAACCUCAGUCCUCACAGCUUCCUCAAAGACUAACUGAACAGAUGGAAACAGAUGAUGGAGAGGACUGUGGAGGACCAGAACCAGCCAGAAACUCAGAUCCAGAUGAACAUUCACAACCUGAUACGGAUGGUAAGACUGAAGAGUCUUCUGAAUCUGAGACUGAUCAUCGCAACAAUGAUUUUAAAGACACCAGGGAACCUCAGUCAGACGUCCAGCAGCUGUCAGUGAUUAAAGAAGAGGUUCCCCCUGAGCAGCAGCAGGAAUGGAGACCCAGUCUGGACCAGGAGGACCCAGAGCCCCCACACAUUAAAGAGGAACAGGAGGAAGUCAGGACCAGUCAGGAGGAAGUCAGGACCAGUCGGAAGGAAGUCAGGACCAGUCAGGAGGAAGUCAGGACCAGUCAGGAGGGAGAGCAACUUCAAGAGUUUACAUUCACUUCUGUCCCUGUGAAGAGUGAAGAUGAUGAUGAUGAAGAGAAACCUCAGUCCUCACAGCUUCCUCAAAGACUAACUGAACAGAUGGAAACAGAUGAUGGAGAGGACUGUGGAGGACCGGAACCAGCCAGAAACUCAGAUCCAGAUGAACAUUCACAACCUGAUACGGAUGACGUCCAGCAGCUAUCGGUGUGUAAAGAAGAGGGUCCCCCUGAGCAGCAGCAGGAGUGGAGACCCAGUCUGGACCAGGAGGACCCAGAGCCCCCACACAUUAAAGAGGAACAGGAGGAAGUCGGGACCAGUCGGAAGGAAGUCAGGACCGGUCGGAAGGAAGUCAGGACCAGUCGGAAGGAAGUCAGCACCAGUCAGGAGGGAGAGCAACUUCAAGAGUUUACAUUCACUUAUGUCCCUGUGAAGAGUGAAGAUGAUGAUGAUGAAGAGAAACCUCAGUCCUCACAGCUUACUCAAAGGCUAACUGAACAGAUGGAAACAGAUGAUGGAGAGGACUGUGGAGGACCAGAACCAGCCAGAAACUCAGAUCCAGAUGAACAUUCACAACCUGAUACGGAUGGUAAGACUGAAGAGUCUUCUGAAUCUGAGACUGAUCAUCGCAACAAUGAUUUUAAAGACACCAGGGAACCUCAGUCAGACGUCCAGCAGCUGUCAGUGAUUAAAGAAGAGGUUCCCCCUGAGCAGCAGCAGGAGUGGAGACCCAGUCUGGACCAGGAGGACCCAGAGCCCCCACACAUUAAAGAGGAACAGGAGGAAGUCAGGACCAGUCAGGAGGAAGUCAGGACCAGUCGGAAGGAAGUCAGGACCAGUCGGAAGGAAGUCAGGACCAGUCAGGAGGGAGAGCAACUUCAAGAGUUUACAUUCACUUAUGUCCCUGUGAAGAGUGAAGAUGAUGAUGAUGAAGAGAAACCUCAGUCCUCACAGCUUACUCAAAGGCUAACUGAACAGAUGGAAACAGAUGAUGGAGAGGACUGUGGAGGACCAGAACCAGCCAGAAACUCAGAUCCAGAUGAACAUUCACAACCUGAUACGGAUGGUAAGACUGAAGAGUCUUCUGAAUCUGAGACUGAUCAUCGCAACAAUGAUUUUAAAGACACCAGGGAACCUCAGUCAGGUGAUGUUACCAAUAUAAAGCCUUUCAGCUGUUCAGUUUGUAAGAAAUGUUUUUCAUGGAGCAGAUAUUUACGUAUACACAUGAAAAUUCACACAGGUGAGAAACCGUUUAGCUGCUUAGUGUGUCAUAAACGCUAUGGACGAAAGAGUAGUCUGCAGUUGCACAUGAGAACUCACACAGGAGUUAAACCAUUCAGCUGCUCGGUGUGUGAUAAAAGCUUCAGUCAAAAGUGUCAUCUGCAGGGUCACAUGAGUACUCAUACAGGAGUGAAACCUUUCAGCUGCUCAGUGUGUGAUAAAAGCUUUGGAUAUAAGCAUUGUCUGCAGGAUCACAUGAAAACUCACACAGGUGAGAAACCAUUCAGCUGCACAGUGUGUGCUAAAAGCUUUGGACAUAAGUCUAAUCUGCAGUUGCACAUGAGAACUCACACAGGUGAGAAACCGUUCAGCUGCUCAGUGUGUGAUAAAAGCUUCAGUCUAAAGAGUCAUCUGCAGGGUCACAUGAAGACUCAUACAGGUGAGAAACCGUUCAGCUGCUCAGUGUGUGAUAAAAGCUUCAGUCGAAAGAGUCGUCUGCAGGGUCACAUGAAGACUCAUACAGGUGAGAAACCGUUCAGCUGCUCAGUGUGUGAUAAAAGCUUCAGUCUAAAGAGUCAUGUGCAGGGUCACAUGAAGACUCAUACAGGUAUAAAACCUUUCAGCUGCCCUUUGUGUGAUAAAAGCUUUGGAUAUAAGCAUGCUCUGCAGUUACACAUGAGAACUCACACGGGUGAGAAACCAUUCAGCUGCUCAGUGUGUGAUAAAAGGUUCAUUCAAAAGGGUCAUCUGCAUAUACAUAUGAAAAGUCAUACUGGUGAGAAACCAUUCAGCUGCUCACUGUGCGAUAAAAGCUUUGGAUAUAAGCAUAGUCUGCAGUUACACAUGAUAACUCACACAGGUGAGAAACCAUUCAGCUGCUCAGUGUGUGAUAAAAGCUUUGGAUAUAAGAGUAAUCUGCAUUUGCACAUGAGAAGUCAUACAGAUAAGAAACCUUUCAGCUGCUCAGUAUGCCAACAAAACUUCAUUAAAAAGAGUACUCUAGCGGACCACAUGACAACUCACACAUCCAGCUCAGUCUGCAGUUAAAGCUUCUGAAUUAAAAGUACUAUGCAGAGACACAUGAGAACUGACUGAGAUGAUGAGAGCUGUGGCUCAAGCAGAGCGGGUAGUCCCCAAAUCGGAAGGUUGUCGGUUCGAUCCCCGGCUGCUCCUGCCAUGUGUCAAAGUAUCCUUGAGCAAGAUACUGAACCCCAAAUUGCUCCUGAUGCACAGCAUCUCUGUGUAAAUGUGUUUGAAUGAGUUACUUUCUGUUUGAUAGACUUUGCCAUCACGGUGCAUGUAGUGUAAAGGCGCUUUGAGUGGUCGGAAGACUAGAAAGGCGCUAUACAAGUAUCGGUCCAUUUCCCAUUUGCAAAGGGAACAGGCCCGCUAGAUAACAGACCUGUGAUACAGAUAACUCUGUUGGGGGGGGUCCCGGAAUGCGGCCAGGGUGUGUCAUAAAGGCAAUAAACGGCCAAACAACAGCCUUUCAUUGGUCAAGAUCCCUCUGAAACCAGACCUGUCAUCACAGCUAUUUAAGCCAGAGAGAUGAUCUCUCUCUCUCUCUCUCUCUCUCUCUCUCUCUCUUCGCCUUUUUUCCUCAUCUACCUUCGCUCCUGCUCACACACCGACCCUGGGUGAUAAAUUUUGACCUUGGUGCGGCCUGAUGCACGACGACGCACAACAAAAAAUUAUAGCACGGCACAAAAGCCUGUUUUUCCUGCGAUACCUGCACCAGUGGACAUCGCACUGCAGAGACAGUUUUGGACUUCAGAACCACAAUUCUGAUCAGCAUGGCUCACAGGACUGUCAACCGCAACUCUUUUUCAU